GGCGGUGGCGAGGAGCGCGCAGAACCGUAGCGCAGCGGCCAGCCCUUCCUUGGAAGUUUCCUUUAUGGUUCGCUCGGAGCCCCUCUUUGGCUUGUCUUGAUGCUCCUGCUGGGGCGAGCGGAGUCUCUGGGGAGCUGCUAGAGGCGCCGAGGGAGAGCGCCUUUCCGCCGCAUCUCGAUUCCUUGCAAGGAGCUGCGCUGGGGACUCUGAUGCACCCCUUCCAGUGGUGUAACGGAUGCUUCUGCGGUUUGGGGCUGAUUUAUACCAACAAAUCGUGCACGAUGCCUCCCAUCACCUUCCAGGAUUUACCGCUGAACAUCUACAUGGUGAUUUUUGGCACUGGCAUUUUUGUCUUCGUCCUUAGCCUCAUUUUUUGCUGCUACUUCAUUAGCAAACUUCGGCAUCAGGCUCAGAGCGAAAGAUUUGGGUACAAAGAGGUGGUUUUGAAAGGUGAUGCCAGAAAGCUAAACUUGCAUGGGCAGACUUGUGCCGUCUGCCUAGAAGACUUUAAAGUGAAAGAUGAGCUGGGAGUGUUGCCAUGCCAACAUGCCUUCCACAGAAAGUGCCUCGUGAAGUGGCUGGAAGUCCGAUGUGUCUGCCCCAUGUGCAACAAGCCCAUUGCAGGCCCUGCAGAGCCACACCAGAGCAUUGGGACUCUCCUAGAUGAGCUGGUGUGACAUUUGCCUCCCCCCACCCGUGAUGGCUGCCCUACAGCAGAAUCUCUGCCCAAGUGAACUGUUGCCCAGAGACGCUGCACUUACACUUGCUUCCCAGCCAGAGAGACAUUAUGCCGGGCAUCAUCUUCUCCCUCCUAGAAGGCGGGAAAGAAGGGCCGUGCUGAGUGCCAAGACGGAGGGCAAGCGGGCCUUGCUGUCUGUCUGCAGUCUGGGAGCAAUUGCAAGAGGACGCUGGACGCCGACUCUGAGAGCUGUGCGUCGUGCUUCUCUGAUAUACGAAGCGCUUGGGCGCACCUCCCAUGAGGACAACUCAAGUCUCUGCCACCAGAUUUCUGAAACUGAACACUUUGGGCCAAAGCCGUCAGCUUCAGCCGCAAGAUCAAGUCUUCCCUUCAUCUAGGAAUUACAACCAACAAAUGGCAAUCGCUCAGCAUCUUUUACUUCUAUUUUAGCAGGUCUAAUACCAACCACGCCCCCUUUUUUGUAGAAAGUCAGGCCUUCACCCCCAUUUUGGGUCUUUGGGCUCAUCCUUGGGAUAGGUUCCUUUUUCCAAUUAAAAACAAGAGCUAUAGCUUGGGUGCUGCCCAACCAAGAUCAAUCACCAAGUUCUGCUCAGGUUCUUGUCUGCAAAACCUACAGUCCGUGUGUUGAGAUAGAAAAGCAGUGUGUUUGUUGCUGGAGGUGCUCUCCAUCUGGCAGGCAGAAGAACAAGGGGUCAGUCUUUGCCCAGCUGCCCCAGACUCAGUGCUCGGGCAGGUGGGAAGGGGCGCCAUACUUAAACUCUUGCCCUUUCCUUAUUGGCAGCUAGUGGGGAAGGAGGGAGGCAUCAGGAGAAGACGACGAUGCUUCUUUUUGAUCUGGAAAAUGGGUGGGAUGUAUUUUCUUAAGUGGCCUUCUGAAGUUUUAUUU